AUGGCGGGUUCGCAGACUCAUUCGAACGAGCCAAUUGCCAUCAUUGGCAGUGGAUGUCGGUUUCCAGGGGCCGCAAGCACUCCAUCCAAACUGUGGGAUCUACUUCGAGAGCCACGCGACGUGCAGAGCAGAAUCCCCGACACUCGCUUCAAUCCGGACGGAUUUUACCACCCGGAGAAUACGCAUCAUGGGACCAGCAAUGUUCGUCACUCCUACUUCCUUUCCGAGGAUCACCGCCACUUCGACGCCCAAUUCUUCGGGAUCAAACCAGUCGAGGCCCACUCGAUCGAUCCCCAACAGCGUCUUCUGUUGGAAACAGUGUAUGAGAGUAUCGAGGCUGCCGGGAUCUCGAUCGACCAUCUCCAGGGCUCCCAGACUGCUGUUUACGUAGGUCUCAUGGGGGCCGAUUAUGCCGAUCUCCUAGGUCGCGACACAUCUUUGAUAGCGGUGCACCAGGCCGUACAGGUUCUGCGCUCUGGGGAGUCUCGAAUGGCGAUUGCCGCUGGGGCCAACCUUCUGCUGGGGCCGGAGCAGUAUAUUGCGGAAAGCAAUCUCAAAAUGUUAUCGCCAGAUGGUCGAUCGUAUAUGUGGGAUGAGAGGGCGAACGGGUACGCCCGGGGUGAGGGAAUGGCGUCAGUGGUUCUUAAAACACUCUCCUCAGCGAUCGCCGAUGGAGACCAUAUCGAAUGUAUCAUUCGAGAGACUGGUAUUAACCAAGAUGGUAAAACCAAGGGUAUCACGAUGCCCAGUCCCACCGCUCAGGCCGCAUUGAUCGAAACCACCUACGCGAAGGCGGGUUUGGAUCUGCAUCGGGCACAGGAUCGACCCCAGUACUUUGAGGCGCAUGGUACUGGGACGCCAGCAGGUGAUCCCACCGAGGCGGAGGCAAUCCACAAUGCAUUUUUCAUGAACAAUGGCUUGAAUCUAGAGAGUCAUAGUCCGUUGUUUGUCGGUUCGAUCAAAACUGUCAUCGGUCACACCGAAGGAACCGCCGGAUUAGCGGGUCUCCUGAAGGCCUCCCUGGCGUUGCAGCACGGAGUCAUCCCACCCAAUUUGUUGUUUGAGAGGCUGGCACCCUCAGUCAGACCUUUCUACCAGAAUCUGGAGAUAGCCACCAAGAGUCAACCAUGGCCGUCGACCAACCACAAUGCACCGCGGAGAGCCAGUGUCAACUCGUUUGGGUUUGGAGGGGCAAAUGCACACUGUAUCCUGGAAAGCUACGAACCAUCACAGAAGCCUUUCGACCCCAAUCGGCACACAGAGAAGAGUAUUGUUUGUACUCCAUUCACCUUCUCAGCCGCAUCGGAAAGUUCUCUCAGGGGUCUGGUGUCAUCGUAUUCAAAUUUUCUCAAGGCACGGCCGUCGACUGAUCUCCGUGCACUUUCACUCACACUAGCCACCAGACGAUCUGCAUUUUCCACUCGCGUCUCAUUUUCGGCAACCGAUGUAUUAGGCCUUGCUUCCAAGCUAGAUUUCUUCAAAACUGGGAACGGAGAGAAAUCAAUUGCCGCCUCGACCUCAGCAUCCCGGGAAGGGCCAUUCCGUGUUCUUGGCGUUUUUACUGGCCAGGGUGCCCAAUGGGCUAGAAUGGGAGCCGAGCUGCUGCGUUUUCCAGCGGCCCACGUCAUCGUUGAUCGCCUGGAAGAAAGCCUGGCCCACUUACCCCUCGAUCGUCCGAAAUGGUCUCUCAAAAGGGAGCUUUUGGCCGACAAGACAUCGUCCCGCGUAGGAGAGGCUGCCCUCUCCCAGCCACUUUGUACCGCCAUUCAGAUUAUUCUCGUGGAUCUCCUCAAGGCCGCAGGUAUCAAGUUUUCUGCGGUUGUUGGUCAUUCUUCUGGUGAAAUCGGGGCUGCAUACGCGGCAGGGUAUAUCACGGCGACAGACGCGAUCCGCAUUGCGUACUAUCGGGGAGCGAAUCUUCAUUUUGCGCAAGGUAAACAGGGUCAGGCAGGAGCAAUGAUUGCUGUUGGUACCUCAUAUGAGGAUGCGCAGAAGCUGUGCAAAUUGAGACGGUUUCGAGGCAAGGUUUGCGUCGCGGCAAGCAAUUCGGCAACAAGCGUCACGAUAUCUGGCGAUACCGACGCCAUCGACAAUGUGCGAGCAGUGUAUGAGGAGGAACAGAAAUUCGCCCGAGUUUUGAAGGUCGACAAGGCCUAUCAUUCUCAUCAUAUGGUCCCUUGCUCGGAAGCCUAUGCGAAUUCUCUUCGUGCGUGUGGAAUCCAGCCUCGACGUCCGCUGGACUCGGAUUGCAUUUGGAUUUCAAGUGUCUACCAGCAACAUAUCGAUGAUGUAAAGGACAAUCUUGCCGACUCUUACUGGAUCAGCAAUCUCGUAUCGCCCGUGCUGUUCUCCCAGGCGUUGGAAUAUGCACUUGGGGAAAGCCAAUUCGAUCUGGUGAUUGAGGUCGGUCCUCACCCUGCAUUGAAGGGGCCUGCUAGCCAAGUUAUCCAAGACGUUCUCGGGGCUGCCAUACCGUAUACCGGGGUUCUGCGCCGGGGUGUGAAUGAUAUCGAUUCACUUUCCACCGGGCUCGGCUACAUCUGGGCUAAUCUGGGCCCUCAAGCUGUCGAUUGUACCGGAUAUGACGGUCUAUUGAACCCUGACGCAGAUACUCAGGUACCUCUCAAGGGGCUGCCCCCUUACUCAUGGGAUCAUGACAGACCGUACUGGUACGAAUCACGUAUCUCUAAGAUUUUUCGAGAGCGAAAGUAUCUCCCGCAUGAACUUCUCGGGACUCGUUGCCCCAAUUCAUCCGAUAAAGAAGUUCGAUGGAACAACUACCUCAUCCCCAAGGAACUACCAUGGAUCACAGGCCACCAGAUUCAAGGCCAGAUGGUAUUCCCUGCAGCGGGUUACAUGUCGACCGCAUUUGAGGCUGUCCGAGAGAUUGCCGGGGAGGAGUCCUUGAGAUCGAUUGAGCUAAAGGAUUUCACCAUUGGCCAGCCACUGGUUUUCGAUGCCGAAGAUUCUAGUGUUGAGAUUCUCGUGUCCCUAACGCAGGUGGAACGACAUGGUGAUACCUUGACAGGUCGAUUCAGUUUCUUUUCGACUGCCGGCCAGGAUUCAGGCCCCAUGUCUCUAAAUGCAGAUGGGGUGCUUGAAGUGACAUUUGGGGAUCCAGUCCUAGAGCUUCUCCCUCCUAUGCCUGCUCCGCAAUUUGCUAUGAUGGCAGUCGAGACCGACCGAUUCUACGACACCUUUGCGGGAUACGGCUACGAGUACACGGGUCCGUUCAGGGCGCUUUCGUCCAUGGAGAGAAAAUCUGGGAUCGCAACUGGCCUAAUCUCGGUUCCGGAAAGCAGUGUGCGAGAUAAACCUCUGCUUAUUCAUCCAGCAGCAUUGGAUGCCGCCAUCCAAUCCAUCCUCUUGGCAUUCUGUUUUCCAGGGGACGGUAGACUUCAAUCCAUCCAACUACCCACCGAUAUUGCCCGGAUCAGCAUUAAUCCAGCCAUAUGCGCUGCCAAUUCUGCCCCAGGUCUCUCAUUGAAAUUCUUGUCCACCAUCGGUCGUGACGACGGUGCCAGAGUGGAUGGGGAUGUUGAUCUGUAUGCCGCCGAUGGCCAGAAUGCGAUGAUUCAGCUGGAAGGAAUGCACACCAGGCCCAUGGUUCCACCAACAGAAAGCACCGACACUCAUAUUUUCUCGGAGCCUGUAUGGGACGUGGCAUCCCCGAAUGCCAUGCAGACCCCAUGGAAUGAGCGUGAGAGGUUUGAAUUUGGCUUUGUGCUAGAAAGAGUUGCUUACUACUACCUUCGCCACUUGGUAAACAGGACAACCGAGAAGGACCGGGGGAGUUGCGAAUGGCAUCACAAGCAUCUGUUUGCCUAUGCAGACUACAUGCUUGAUCGGGUUUCCAGAGGUCAUCAUCCCUUUGCUCAGCAACAGUGGAUUACCGAUACGCAUGACGAGAUCACAUCCAUCAUUGAGAGCUACCCGGACAGUAUUGACCUUCGAAUUAUGCGUGCGGUCGGAGAGAACAUUAUUUCCGCGAUUCGAGGAGAGUCGACCAUGCUGGAGGCCAUGAUGAAAGAUAACAUGCUCAAUGAGUUCUAUGUAACGGGCCUUGGGAUGGAAGAGUAUCUGAAGAGAUUAACAACAGCCGUGAAACAGAUAGGGCAUCGUCACCCGACGAUGAAUGUUCUUGAAAUUGGUGCCGGCACCGGUGGUGCGACCAAGUCAAUAUUGAGAGAGCUUGACGAUGCCUUUGCCUCAUAUACAUUCACGGAUAUAUCCAGUGGCUUCUUCGAGAAAGCAAUGCAAACAUUCAAAGCCUACGAGUCUAAGAUGACGUUUAAAACUCUCGACAUUGAAAAAGAUGUUCUCGAUCAAGGUUAUGCAGACCAUUCAUUUGAUCUCAUCAUAGCUUCCCUCGUGUUGCACGCCACGACAAAGCUUGAGGAGACAAUGAAGAAUGUUCGCCAGCUGCUCAAACCGGGCGGAUACCUGGUAAUGUUGGAGAUCACGGACAACGAUCCAAUGAGAUUUGGGUUCAUUUUUGGGGGGCUGCCCGGCUGGUGGCUGGGAACUGACGAUGGUAGACCGCUAUCCCCGUGCAUUGAACCUUCUCAGUGGGAAAACCUUCUGGAAGACACGGGUUUCUCUGGCAUCGAGUCCAUCGCGCCGCAUCAUUCAACUGAGCCACUUCCGCUCUGCGUCAUACUUUCUCAGGCAGUGGAUGACCGACUGAACCUCCUUCGCGAUCCACUAUCCCCUGUAAGCCAGGGAACUAUCGCUAUUCCGGGACUUACUAUUAUUGGCGGCAGCAAGGCUCAUACCUCCCAUCUCAUAUCAUCGGUGGCUCAGUACCUCACUCCAUUCUGUGGACAGAUCAGACGAUUCGCAUCGUUGUCGGAUCUUGAUGCUACCAGUCUUUCCUCAAGUGGGAGCGUGAUUUGCCUCCAGGAUCAUGAUGACCCCGUCCUACGGUCCCUUUCAGAAUCCAAGUUACGGGGCCUGCAAUUGCUAUUUGAGAGGUCGAAGAAUGUGCUCUGGGUCACUGCUGGGUACAAGGAAUGUGACCCAUACGCCAAAAUGAUAGUGGGACUUUGUCGCUGCCUUCUACAAGAAAUGCAACACCUCCGACUUCAGGUCCUGGAUUUUCCAGCCACUGAGGAACCCAGUUCCAAAUUGGUCUCGGAAGCCAUGAUCCGGCUCGCAGCAACUGAAAUCUGGGACGAGGAAGGACGACUCAAAGAUUUAUUCUGGUCCACGGAGCCAGAGAUUGCGUACGAACAGGGCAAGGCGCUCAUCCCCCGCGUCAGGCUGAGCAAGCGUCUGAACAGUCGGUACAAUUCAUCUCGUCGCUUAAUCACACAAGCUGUCGAUAUCAAAUCAGAAUCUGUAACCUUGACAUAUUCUGGUAAUACAUAUUCCCUUCUGUCAGCUUCCGACCAGGCACCAGAGAACCUGAUUCAAUCGGCCAGCUAUGGUACCGUGGAAGUUGAUGUCAGCUAUUCGUUAUCAAGGUCGGUCAAGAUUGGACAGUUGGGCCACUUCUUCGUCGUUCUCGGCACGAAUAGAGCGACUGGCCUCCAGGUGUUAUCCUUAUCAACCACACUGUCAUCCCGGAUUACAGUUCCCGAGAGCUGGGUACAGCCCUGUUUGUUGCCCGCUCAGCAAGCCGUGGACUACUUAGUGACCGUAUUUCACGGGCUCUUGUGCAAUGCAGCUUUGAGUGACUUGGUGAGAGGGGAUAUACUGGCGGUCUUAGAGCCCAGCGAAACUCUGGCAAAGCUUCUGGAGCCCGCUGGGUUGAGACGAGGGAUUUCAAUUCUCUUUCUCACAUCGACCAUUCCUCCACCCAGGGGGCCAUGGACUGCCAUUCAUCCACGCUCUUCGAGACGGGAUGUCAACAUUGCCAUUCCCCAAAAUGUGGCACGACUGUUGACAUGGACGGACAGCACCUGUUCUAAUCUCAUACAGUACAUCGCUUCCAGCCAUCCGGUGGAAACAAGGGACACCUUGACGCAAUUUGAUGGACGAUUAAAUACUGCAUCAUCUGAUCAUCGUAUCCCAGAGGCCUUCCAAUCAUGUCUUUUACAGCUUCGAUCUAACUUGUUUCAAACCAACAGACAGGACGUUCCGAUCCGAUCAUUGCAAGAGCUUGUAAACGGCCAAUUCGAACAGACCGGUACCAUAGCGGUCGUUGAUUGGCGCUCAGAAACCACGGUUCCUCUCCGGUUACAGCCUGUUGAUUCACGACCCCUGUUCAGAACCGAUAGAACAUAUUGGCUUGUUGGCUUGACCGGAGGGCUCGGAUUGUCUCUCUGUAGGUGGAUGAUCACCCGCGGCGCAAAGUAUAUCGCUCUCUCCAGUCGAAACCCCAAGGUUGAUCCCCGCUGGAUAUCCGAGUUUCAAGCAUUGGGGGCCACCGUUAAAGUCUACGCUAAUGAUGUCACUGACCGCCAAUCUGUCCACUCGGUCUACCAGCAAAUCGUGGCCUCCCUUCCACCGGUGGCUGGUGUCUGUCAGGGUGCAAUGGUUCUUCAUGAUACUCUGUUUCUCGAUCUGACCAUGGAGCGCAUGGAAAAAGUCCUCAAGCCCAAGGUUGACGGGGCAGUCCACCUUGAUGAGAUAUUCUCACGUGAAGCCCUUGACUUUUUCGUCUUUCUCUCUUCCAUGGCUUCCGUCACGGGCAAUCCGGGUCAGGCAGCCUAUGCGGCGGCCAACAUGUUUCUCGCCGGACUCGCCGCUCAAAGGAGACGGCGGGGGCUUGCCGCGUCAACAGUGCACAUUGGGGCAAUUGUGGGCAAUGGCUACGUGACCCGUGAGCUAACCCUUGCACAGCAGGUCGCUCUCCAGAAGGUGGGCAAUAUGUGGAUGUCAGAGCAGGACUUCUACCAGAUCUUCGCAGAGGCUGUCGUGGCCAGUCCUCCUCGACCCGGCCCGAACCCAGAAUACUUCACCGGCUUGAGAGUCUUCUACAACGACGAAGAAGACAAACCCCAGUACGCCGAAAACCCCAUCUUCUCUCAUUUGAUCAAGCACAGGCACCUGGAGGGCAGCAUUACCCAUGGUAAUAGUGCAACUGUUCCUGUUAAGAUCCAGCUUUCCAAAGCGACUACUCAUGAAGAGGUUUAUGAAAUUAUGAGAGCUGCCUUGGUUGCAAAGCUACAAUCAGCGCUGCAAACCCCCGCCGAUCUGGACAUGAUGAAUCUCAAUGCAGAUGCACUGGGUAUCGACUCACUUGUUGCCUUGGACUUACGGUCUUGGUUUUUGAAAGAGCUGAAGGUCGAUAUACCGGUUUUGAAGAUCAUCAGCGGCUCCACAAUGGGUGAACUGCUGGGGCGUGCUGGGGAGCUUCUGUCCGCGAAUAUGAUCCCCAACGUGGUCGCGGGAGCUGUUCCUGACAGGAAUCCCGUCUCAUCUGAGAAGGCCCAGACUAAGCCUGCCGCUUCAGCACUAUCAGCAACAUUGCGACAACAGCCAAAACCGACUCAGUCGGCUCCUGCACCGCCGUCUAUCGUAGAGACAACCCGACAAGAACCUAAAGAGAAACCAGUCACCACAGCUAAUCACACGCCUUUCUCUGUCGCUAAGAAGGAGGAAAAGAAGAAAAUAGAGCGCCGUGUGAUACCUGCUGCUCUCUCAGUGCCAGAUGUUAAACCAGAUCCUUUGGACGACCGACCUCAGGAGGGUAUGGGGUGGAGUUCAACCUCACAAUCCGAACCCCAGAGCCCGUCUUCUGCCAAGGCAACCCCAUCGGAGAUGUCCGGGUCAUCAUUCGAGGAUAUCCCUCAACCCAUUGGUACCGACAAUGCAGUGCAAAGAAUCCUCCCGGUAUCAUUUUCCCAGUCUAGAUUCUGGUUCUUACGAUCCUAUCUUGAAGAUAAGACCACUUUCAAUGUUACAGUUUCUAUCCGUCUUCAGGGCAAGCUUCGCGUCGAUGACCUUGCUCAGGCCGUGGCGACAGUCGGACAACGUCAUGAAUCAUUGCGUACUCGCUUCUUUACGGACCAAAGCCAUGAGCCAAUGCAAGCCAUCCUUGAGUCCUCGGUUCUUCGAUUGGAGAAGAAAACUAUAUGCAACAUUCAAGAAGCCCAGGCUGAAUAUCUUCGUCUCAAAAAUCAUGAAUAUGACUUGGAAAAUGGAGAGACGAUGAGAAUCAUCCUGCUGUGCGUUUCUGCUACGGUCCACGAGCUCAUCCUGGGAUAUCACCAUAUCAAUAUGGAUGGAGUCGCUUUCGAGAUAUUCUUCUCCGAUUUACAGAAGGCCUACGAUGGCACACUGCCCGCUAAUUCAGGGCUUUUGCAGUAUCCGGAUUUUGCCUCCAGGCAGAAAAAGCAAUACCUGGAUGGCGAAUGGCGAGGCGAGCUGGCGUACUGGCGCAAAGAAUUCCAAACAAUACCUGCGCCACUACCCAUAAUUCCACUAUCAAACUCGACCGGCCGGGUGACCUUGGGCAAGUAUGCAACUCAUCUCGCCUCUUAUCGGUUGUCGCCAACAUUGUCUACCCGAAUUUAUGACACCUGCAAGAGGUUGAAAGUAUCCCCAUUUCAAUUCUAUCUCGCAGUCUACCGGGUGACGAUCAGCCGCUUCGUCGACGUUGAAAGUCUGUGCAUUGGGGUGUCAGACGCGAAUCGAAACGACAGUGAUGUCCAGCAAAGCCUCGGCUGUUAUCUCAAUCUUCUUCCCGUCCGAUUUGAGACUCCGGGGGCGCUCAGCAGCUUCAGCGAAACAGUCCGAGACACAAAGUCAAAAGCUCAACAAGCAUUUGCCAAUUCGAAAGUCCCCUUCGACGUUCUACUCAAUGAGCUCAACGUGCCAAGAUCAUCAAAUCACAGCCCACUCUUCCAGGUACUCCUCAAUUACCGACAAGGUGUUGCUGAAAGUAGAACCUUUUGCGAUUGUGCGUGUGAGUGGACCAACUUUGAUGGCGGACAGACAGCUUACGACCUCAAUCUGGACAUCGUUGAUAACGCUGGGGGAGAUGCACUCCUGCGGUUGUCUGUGCAAAAGGCUCUCUACGCGGCACUUGAUGGUGAAAUUAUCUUAAAGUGCUUUGUGAACCUUGUAGACGCAUUCUCACAGAACCCUGCCAUGCGCCUGAACAAGCCAGCACUAUACUCCAAGGAAGACUCGGCCAAAGCUAUUGCUCUCGGACGCGGUCUGUCUACCCCGCUCACCUGGCAAGGGACUCUCAUGCACCGAAUCGAUGAAGUGGUGGUAUCUUCUGCUCAAGGACUGGCCAUCAAAGAUGGACUCGGUCAUGCCUUGACAUAUGGUCAAAUGAGCGAUCGUACAAAUGCCAUCGCCCAAGCCUUAUCGGACGCCGGUGUGAGAGACCGGUCCAAGGUUGCCGUUUUCCAGGAACCAUCCGCCGAUGUGAUCUGCUCUCUCCUGGCUAUCCUACGAUUGGGGGCGGUAUACAUCCCUCUUGACCCCCGAGUUACUACUAAUCGUUUAGCGGUGAUCCUCAAAGCCUGUCAGCCAACGGCUAUUCUCACCGACGCAAAAACGCACGACGACAUCACAUCACUCAGUUUUGAUACCAAAUUGCUUGACGUCUCCCGUGAUAUAGUUCCUGCCACUGCCAGGAAGCCUCUCGUCCCUAAUGUCUCCACGGAAGACUCGGUGAUGGCUAUUCUUUACACCAGUGGAAGCACCGGCAUCCCCAAAGGGGUUGUGAUGAAACAUUCCGUCUUCCGCAACCAUGUGGAAACCGUCCAUAACGCUUGGAUAUCGGGUCUCACUGCUGUCCGUGGUUUGCAACAGUCCUCCUUCAGCUUCGACAUGUCCUUGGUUCAGAUUUUCUGGCCACUUUGCUCCGGCGGUAGUGUCUAUGUUGUUCCGCAAUCGGCCCGGGGCGAUCCAUUGGCUUUAUCCCAUAUCAUCUCAUCUGAACGGAUAUCUGUCACGGCCGCGACACCAACGGAAUACAUAAGCUGGUCAAACUUUGGGAACCAAGAUGCGUUACGCCAGUCAGAAUGGAAGUUGUGUAUCUCCGGUGGAGAAAGGAUGACCCCGAGCUUGACCGAGGCUUUCCGACAUGUGAGCAAUCCGGGCUUGCGUUUGAUCAACUGCUACGGUCCGACCGAAACCACCUUCUUCUCUCACUUCGCAGAAGUGGAGUGGCAGACCGUCGACCCCACCAAUAUCUCCUUGGCUCCUUGGACUAACUACUCCACCUACAUACUGGAUUCCAAUCUUGAGCCUCUCCCAAUGGGUGUUCCCGGGGAAGUAGCCGUAGGAGGGAUGGGGGUCGCAUCGGGAUAUCACAAUCAAAAGGAAGCUACCCAGCAGCGUUUCAUCCCAGACAGGUUUGCACCUGAAGAAUGGAUCCAUCGAGGUUGGGGGGUGAUGCAUACCACUGGGGACCGUGGCCGAUUGCAGCAGGAUGGGACACUGCUUCUAGAGGGACGCAUUGCCGGCGACACUCAGAUCAAACUGCGUGGCCUUCGGAUUGAUUUACAGGAUAUUGAAGCGACAAUCGUGCAAACGUCAAAGGGUCGGAUUGUACAUGCAGUUGUCUCCCGACGCGAAAACUCGGAUUUCUUGGUCGCCCAUGUCCAGUUGCUUCCAGAGGGAAAUAAGAGUGCGGAUGAAUUUUUGAAUCAGCUGCUGGUCGACCUCCCGCUACCACAAUAUAUGCGUCCGGCAUUGAUCAUUCCAACAGAAACACUGCCCCGAACAGCUUCGGGCAAGAUCGAUAGACUUGCGGUCCAGCUGGUGCCGUUGCCACGGACGCCGCAAAAAGAGCCUGAGAAUACGUCCCACACUGUUGAUGAUAUGGAAUCGCUGCUUCUAAAGCUAUGGGAAGAAGUGUUGACGCCUGAGACCCUGGGUCAUUUUACGGUGGAUUCCAACUCGGAUUUCUUCCGCGUGGGUGGUAGCUCAUUGCUUCUCAUGCGUCUUCAAGCCCUGAUCAAAGCAGAGUUCUCCAUUGACCUUCCCUUUGCUCAACUGUUUGAUGCAAGCACUCUCGGAGGGAUGGCUGCUAGGAUACAGUCUCUAUUACGUCUCGAUGAGCACAUUGCUCCUGUCGACGCUAUCCUCGGAGAAGCCGAUGUCCCUCAAAAUCCAGUGCCAGAGGUCAUGAUUGAUUGGGACACCGAAACCUCCACGCCGUCUGGGAUACCCUCCUCCACUAUCCUUGGAUCAAAUAAGCCACGAGUUGCCAUUUUGACCGGCGCCACAGGCUUCCUGGGCAAAGCCCUUCUUCGCCAGCUACUGUCCACUCCAUCAAUCGAGAAGGUCUACUGCAUCGCUGUGAGAGCUACAGCCUCUCACUCCGACCCCGUGUUCUCCUCGCCCAAAGUUGCCAUCUACCACGGAGACCAGUCCUUGCCGUCCCUCGGGUUAUCCCCUUCUGACAUCGACAUGAUUUUCUCAGUCGCCGACACCAUCAUCCACAAUGGCGCCGAUGUCUCAUUUCUCAAGUCCUACCCUUCCCUACGCAACGUCAAUGUGGAAUCCACCAAGCAACUGGCCACUUGGGCGCUUCUUCACGGAUUACAAUUCCACUACAUCUCCACCGCUUCCAUCACCUCCCUUUCAGGCCAGGAGGCUUUUCCGUGCGUCAGCCUACGCGACUUCCCGCCUGCCGUGGAUGGCUCUAAUGGGUAUAUUGCGUCCAAAUGGGCUUCAGAAGUGUAUCUCGAGCAGAUCAGCACGAUCUAUGGAAUGCCUCUGGUUAUUCAUCGACCCUCCAGCAUUACUGGUCCCGGUGCCUCAGAGACGGAUGUUAUGGGAUCCUUGCUGAAAUACUCCAAGAUGCUCCAUGCCAUUCCAAGGGCGGAAUAUAUACGGGGUUUCUUCGAUUUUAUCUCGGUUGAUCGAGCAGCUACAGAGAUUGUCGCGGCGAUCCAGGCCGGGAUCAAUGACGUCGACGUGAAGUAUGUGUUCGAAAGUGGUGAGCUGCAGAUUGAGAGCAGGGAAAUGAAAUCACGGAUGGAGAAGCUGACUGGAGAAACAAUUCUGGAGUUGACGAUGGAGGAAUGGGUACGAAGGGCUGAGGUAUUGGGGCUGAAUCCCAUGGUUGCUGCAUUCCUGCAAGGGGCUGCUGGACAAGGGGUGCUGAUGACACAAUUGAUCAAGGACGUGUAGUUGGCCGCUUUGUACUUCCAUAGGGUUGCUUUCUAUAAUAAUG